GUGAGGGAUACCUACAGCUACAGGCAUCUGUUAAUAUUCAGCGAUGAUCUACACUGACAUUUACCACGAAUGCAUCAACAAUCUGCUCUCUUUUAAAAUCAGAGGCUGAUGUUCACCAGCCUUAUAUUGUUUUCAUUUUGGUGCGUGUAAAGAUCGACUCCCUUUUGGAAAAAAACCCAAUAAUAAUAAUCACACGGUAAAAAAGAGGGGCCGAACGGUGUUACAUCCAAAGGGUCAACGUUGCUCAUUUUUUACUGUCGGAAAUAUGUUUCACCACGCGGCCCGUUGCCCAGAUACGUGGCGAUUCAGAUCCAGGUGAUGGAACCGGCGAGGCUCUUUCUCUUAAAAUGGCAGAGGUGGAUUUAAAAACGGCCACAUCGACGAUGGAAGCUUUGGUUCGAAUCAGUUCUAACAUGAAGAGCCUGGAGCACGAGCUGCAUUGUCCUGUGUGUAAGGACAUCGUCAAGCAGCCCGUGGUCCUGCCGUGCCAGCACAGCGUCUGCCUCAUGUGUGCCUCCGAGGUCCUGGUGGCGAAUGGCUACCCGCCUCCAGAGCUUCCCCCAGAGCCCAACUCGCCAGCCUCCACACCCAACACCCGCUCGCCCCGCCAGGCUCGCAGGCCCACGCCUAAAGCUGAGCAGCGACCCAUUGACCGCGUGUUGCGAUCAGGUCCCCACCCGCCUUCGCCAUCCAUGCCUCGGUCCCCGGGGUAUGGGACGCACCCGGGGCGACGCCGCAAGGAGGGCCCCCCCCUGGUGAUGAUGUUCCCCUGUGCCCCCUGUGGCCGCGACGUGGAGCUGGGAGAGAAGGGUCUCACUGACUGUCUGCGCAACCUCACUCUGGAGCGUAUAGUGGAGAGGUACAGGCACACGGUGAGCCUGGGCAGUGUGGCCGUCAUGUGCCAGUUCUGUAAGCCUCCUCAAGCGCUGGAGGCCACCAAGGGCUGCGCCGACUGCAGGUCCAAUUUCUGCAACGAGUGCUUCAAGUUGUAUCACCCAUGGGGGACUCCGCGGGCACAGCAUGAGCAUAUCCAGCCGACACUCAACUUCAGGCCGAAGGUUCUGACCUGUCCAGAGCAUGACCAGGAGAAGCUGCAGUUCUACUGCAGGUCGUGUCAGCGGCUGCUCUGCCCACUCUGCAAACUGCGCCGCAUCCACACCGGACACAAAGUCCUCCCCGUGGCCCAGGCGUACCAGGCCCUGAAGGAGAAGAUUACGAAGGAGAUGAACUACAUUCUGUCCAACCAGGACACAGUUCUGGCUCAGAUUACCCAGCUGGAGAGUGCCAUCACGCAGACCGAGGUGAACAGUGUGUCCGCCCGAGAGCAGCUGGCUCAGAGCAUUAGGGAUCUGACGGCCGCCCUGGCCGAGCGCCACGCUUCCCUCACCCAGGCCCUGGAGGGGGCCCGGCAGAAGCGAGGCGAGGCGCUGUCCGCUCAAGUGGCGGAGAGGCGGGGGCUGAUGGAACAUGCGGGGCUCAUGGCCUUUACCCAGGAGCUGCUGAAGGAAACAGACCAGCCGUGCUUUGUGCAGGCUGCUCGCCAGAAUCAUAACAGGUUGAAUAAAGCCAUUGAGAAUCUCCAGCAUUUCAGUCUGGCCGCCGAUCCGUCCUUCAGGCACUUCCAGCUGGACGUCUCCAAAGAACUCAAACUCCUGACAGACCUGAACUUCAUCCAGGCCCCCUUUGCUCCAGUGAUUGACACCCAGCGUACCCUGGCCUACGACCAGCUCUUUCUGUGCUGGCGACUGCCCCAGGACUCUGCAGCCGCCUGGCACUUCUGCGUGGAGUACCGCCGCCGGGGUGUGGUACCCGGGGGAGCGUCCCGGGGCGGGUUGAGAGGCGGAUUGGCCCGCUGGGGCUGGCAGCGACUGGAUGAAGUGAGCGGCACCAGCGCUGUGAUUGACAGGCUGGAGAUGGACAGCGUGUACGUGCUGCGGGUGAAAGGCUGCAACAAGGCGGGCUACGGCGAGUACAGCGAGGAGGUGUACCUGCACACCCCGCCUGCGCCAGUGCUCAACUUCUACCUAGAUUCUCGUUGGGGUCUCCACGCCGACCGGCUGGUGGUCAGUAAAGAGCAGCGCUGCGCUCGCAGCGUCCCUGGUCUCUCUCUGCUGCAGGCCGCUGACCACGCGCUCACUUCCUGUCACCUGACUUCGGACCUCCUGGUCGGGGAUGUGGCUAUUACACAGGGGCGUCACUACUGGGCAUGCUCAGUGGAGCCUGGGUCAUACUUAGUGAAGGUGGGAGUUGGUUUGGAAUCCAAACUGCAGGAGUGGUUUCACCUUCCACAAGACAUGGCCAGCCCACGCUACGACCCAGACAGUGGGCACGACAGUGGGGCAGAGGACGCCUUGGACUCUGCUCCGCCUUUCUGCUUUCUUACUAUGGGGAUGGGUAAAAUCUACCUGCCCCAGCAAAGCUACUACCACCACCACCACAGUAACCAUGGGAAUGGCAUCCGAGACCCCAUCAGCAACGGCAAUGGCCCCUCUUCGCCCACAGGCGUCACCUACCCGCUGCCGCCCCGGCUCGGUGUGUGCCUUGACUUUGAGAAGGGUCGCGUCACCUUCUACGAUGCCCACUCUCUGCGACCCCUGUGGGAGGGUCACGUCGAUUGCUCCGGCCCGGUGUGUCCGGCUUUCUGUUUCAUUGGUGGAGGGGCUCUGCAGCUGCAGGAGCUGGUGGCCAAUCGCAACGCAGAUCAGACUCCGGUCAGACGGGUCACCAUCCAACCCCGUUCCUCUAAUUUGAAUAACAACUGAUGCCUGACCUGAGAUUUAAUGGUAAUUUGGAAUGUAAUUGGUUAAUCGUGAAGUAUUUACUCAGCUAGAGCGAAAAAGUUAGACAUCUCAGCGAUUUUGUUUCGUAUUUAAUUUUCUUUUUAUGAGAAAAUGUUUCUAUAGCAUCAAAUAUGCAAUGUAAUUAAGUUUCUUACAUUUUUGUUAUGAGCUGUUUUGCAGGAAGUAUUGCUUAAUUAGUGUCUGGUAUAUCCGGCACUUUAUAUGUAAUGAUAUCUUCAAUGCUUGCACUUAGCGGCUCUAUUGCAUACAUUUAUAAAGCUAAUGUAGAUACAGCACCCCACUAUGUCGUCUUUCCUAUAGAAGCUUUUACUCUGUCACUCCAUGUCCUUAAACGCUUAGAGCUUAACAUAUCCUUUGAUUCAUAAAUACUGUAUUAUCAAGUUGUGAGUAAGAGAAACUUCUCAAAUAUUUUAUUGCAGCUGUAACUGAACUUGUGUUCAACCACACAGUUGAUGUGUAUCUCUCCAGUCGUACAACCAAAGUUGUAUUGUCUUUCUGGGAUGUAAAUGUGGUAAAUUAUAGAAGAAUGAGGCAAUACUGUAAUUAAAAGCAAUUAUACCUCUGCUGCAUCGCUAAUCACUAGUUUCCACAGUUGGGUUUGUGCAUUGCUAUUGUGUGUUUCACAUACAUGAGUCUGAUGUGUGUGUGUGUGUGUGUGUGUGUGUGUGUGCGUGUGUUCCCUAUGUGCGUGAGUGUGUGUGUGUGGUUUGACUGAUUCGUUGACAGUAAAAAGUUGUUUUCGCGCAAACAGUACAUUGGAUUUUUGAUUUUUUUAGUUCUAAACCUCGCUUGAUUUUUUAAGUUAAUGAGCAGCGCUUCUUUUGAUUAGCGGGUUAAAAUCCAUGUAAACUUCACCUGCUGGCAGAAUGUUUGCAAAACAAAAAUGGAUUGAGGAAAUAAACUCAGAAUAAACACAAAUUGUUUGAAUUACGAAAA